CACCAGGUCUGAGAGCCCCCCUCUUCAGUACCAGUAGGGGGUGGUAGACGGAGCGAUACCCCUGUCCCACCCCCACCCCCACCCCCACCCCUUCCACAGCAGCAGCCAGCUCCAGCAGCCAGCUCCACCAUGUCCGCUGCGCAGGUGUCCUCGUCUCGGAGACAGUCAUGCUACCUGUGUGACCUGCCCCGCAUGCCCUGGGCCAUGAUCUGGGACUUCACUGAGCCCGUGUGCCGGGGCUGCGUGAACUACGAGGGUGCGGACCGCAUAGAAUUUGUGAUCGAGACGGCCCGGCAGCUGAAGAGGGCGCAUGGCUGCUUCCAGGACGGCCGUUCCCCAGGCCCCCCGCCUCCUGUCGGGGUCAAGGCUGUGCCGCUCUCAGCCAAAGAAGUGGCUGCAGCGGCCCAACAGCAGCUCAACCAUGUGGACGCCUCCUCCAAAGCAGCUUCUGCCGGGCUUCCCCAGUCCAGCCUGGACCGCUAUGGACUCAGUGCAGCUGCAGCCGAGCAGCGCAGCCGCUUUGAAUAUCCGCCACCCCCAGGAAGCCUGGGCAGCAGCCACGCUGCCCGCCUGCCCAACGGGCUGGGCGGCCCCAAUGGUUUCCCUAAGCCGCCUGAGGACGGCCCCCCGGAGUUGAACCGCCAGAGCCCCAACUCAUCAUCCUCUUCCUCCUCCUCCCGCCGCGGGGCACACGGGGGCCUCGUGCCCGGCCUCCCUCCGGGGGCUGGCGGUGCCCAAAUGAACGUGCCGCCCAAUCUGCUUCCACAGACUUUACUCAACGGCCCUACAGCUUCUGGUGUGGCGCUACCACCGCCGCACGCGGGGCUGAGCGGCCGCGGCGGGGGAACCCCAGCUUCCUCCGCCUCUUCCCAAGGGGGCACAUGCAGCGGUGGGGGUGGCAGCGGCUCGUCCUCCGAGGCCUGCAGCAAGCGACCAGGUUCGGUGUCCAGCAGCGAUCAGGAGCGGGAGUUAAAGGAGAAACAGCGCAACGCGGAGGCGCUGGCCGAGUUGAGCGAGAGUCUGCGGAACCGGGCCGAGGAGUGGGCCAGCAAGCCCAAGAUCGUGCGGGACACGCUGCUUACCCUGGCCGGCUGCACCCCCUACGAGGUCCGCUUCAAGAAGGACCAUGCGCUUCUCGGCCGCAUCUUCGCCUUCGAUGCAGUCUCUAAGCCCGGCAUGGACUAUGAGCUGAAGCUCUUCAUUGAGUACCCGAGCGGCUCAGGCACUGUCUUCUCCAGCGCCUCGGGAGUGGCCAAGCAGAUGUACCAGGACUGCAUGAAGGACUUUGGCCGCGGCCUCUCCUCCGGCUUCAAGUACCUGGAGUAUGAGAAGAAACACGGCUCCGGCGACUGGCGGCUCCUGGGUGACCUGCUGCCUGAGUCUGUGCGUUUCUUCAAGGAGCUGGUGGGCGCGGACAUGCUGCCCCAGCCCUACCUGGACGCUAGCUGCCCCAUGCUCCCCACAGCCCUGGUGAGCCUGCCCCGGGGGGGAGCUGGAGUCGGCGGGGCACAGGUGGCCGGGGCCGCUUCCAGGGGCCCCGGGGGAGGCGGUGGUGGCGGGGGGAUGCGCAAAAGGAAGGCAUCCCCGGAGCCCUCCGACUCGGCCGAGGGGGCCCUGAAGCUGAGUGACGAGCAGCAGCGGCAGCAGUGGAUGGCCAGCCAGAGUGAAGCACUUAAACUCACCAUGUCGGCUGGGGGCUUCGGGGCGGUGCACGGAGGGGGGCCCCCACCUCCGCCGCCUCUGGGGCCUCACUCCAACCGGACCACCCCGCCCGAGUCGGCCCCUCAAAACGGACAGUCCCCCAUGGCUGCUCUCAUGUCGGUGGCCGACACACUGGGCAAUGCCCACUCGCCCAAGGAUGGCAGCUCGGUUCACUCCACCACUUCCACCCGCAGGAAUAGCAGCAGCCCGGUGUCCCCGGCCUCGGUGCCGGGCCAGCGUCGCUUGGCUUCCCGCAACGGGGACAUGAACCUGCAAGUGGCCCCUCCUCCCCCCAAUGCCCACCCUGGUAUGGACCAAGUGCACCCCCAAAACAUUCCAGAUUCGCCCAUGGCCAAUAGCGGGCCUCUGUGCUGCACCAUUUGCCACGAACGCUUGGAGGACACCCACUUUGUUCAGUGCCCAUCUGUGCCCAGCCACAAGUUCUGCUUCCCUUGUUCCAGAGAGAGCAUCAAGGCCCAAGGGGCAACUGGCGAGGUCUAUUGCCCAAGUGGAGAGAAAUGCCCCCUAGUAGGUUCCAAUGUGCCUUGGGCAUUUAUGCAGGGCGAGAUUGCUACCAUUUUAGCUGGGGACGUUAAAGUGAAAAAGGAGAGAGACCCUUAAAGAUAGGAAAUCAAACUCCUUCAGCUUCCUGAAGAUGUAGAAUUGUGAAUAUAACAAACUGCAAAAGUUAGUCUUAUGUAUAGACAUUAUUUUCGUCGUAUGUUUCUAUAUUUUGAAACAAAGGUAUGUACUCUUCUUCAUUUGAAGGAUAGAGCUGGUUUUUGUUAAACAGAAUAUACUAUUGUUUGGUUACUACAUAAUACCUGUUCUCAUUUCUUUGGCAGUGUGUUGGCUAGGUACAAAGUUAUAGCCCUUAGCGAUUACCUGCUGCUGGUGUGUAUUUUUGUAAAUGUAUGCACUUCUUGAAAAAAGAAAAAACACAAAAAAUACAAAAAAAAAUUUUUUUUUGCCAAGGCCAGUGUUGAUGCCUAAAAAAAAAAUUGCUACAAAAAUGGUGACAGCUUAUGUUUUACGAGCCCUGAGUGUUAGUCUUUCACUUUAUUUUUUUGGUUUGUUUGUUUUUUGUUUGCAAACGGUGGGGGUGGUUUGGGGGGUGUUUUUUGUUGCAAGUUUGUAAGGAAAAUGUUUCAGUUUGUUUCUAUUGAUCUGAACGUUUUUAAUCUUAUGUGUUUUUUGUUUUUGCUUUAUUGAUGCACGGAUGCUUUUGAACAGUAGAGCAAAAUGCUGUACAUGGAAAACAUGCUCUGUUUGUCCUUUAUACAUUUCUGUAGUUAACAGAACACUGUAAUGUGCCUUGGAGCUUAGUAAAUUGUAAUAAAUUCAAUUGAUAUUAAUA